AGAGCCGCACGCGAUCACGCAGAAACGUUAGGUCAGUUCAUAUCCUUCCGAAAUCAGCUAGUGUUCAUGAGAUGAAUGUCGAUCCUGCUGAGUAAAAUGAAGGAGAGACUGCAGACUCUCCCGGCUUUACCACAGCACCGUGCUGCACGAAUAUUUUAGUUUUUGACGAUUUCUUCUCCUGACCUGGUGUGCACGUUGAUCAGGUAGCUUGGAAGAAAUCCUGUCAUUCCCGUGACGUGUUUAUCCGAAAAUCAUCAUAGACGAUUGAAAAAUACCGUUACAUGGAGAAAAAAAUGAAUUCUCAAAAAGUGAAGACAAAGGGUAAGAACAAGAAAAAAUUUCUUGUAAAAAAGGUGAUCCGUCCAGACCCGUCCAAUUUGCGUAAACCAAUUGAUACGAGUGUGUCCGACUUGUACCAAGUCAGUGGACUCCUUGAAAAAGGCACUGAUGAGGUUAAAUCUGUAUUAUCAUAUGAAUGCAACAUUAUAUAUGAAUGUCGCACUUGCUGCAGCUUAUAUAGAAGCAUUGUAAACUUUAUUUCUCACAAGAGGGAAUAUUGCAAGGAAAAGUUUGAUAUUACACGGUCACUUUGUAAACGUGGAUUAUGGAAUAACAAUAACUUUCACUCCUCUAAAGACUCAAUAAUACACAUAUACAAAACAGAGGAGACAGGUGACGAGAAUGUUAAAAAUGAUAGGAUACUCAGGAGUCAAGUGCCUAAGGAAACGAAUAAAAAGGAUCUCAGUGCAAUAAUAGAUAAGAUUAAAAAAAGAUGGUAUGGAGAAAGUAGAAUGGAAAAUCUAUUGAAAGAUCAAAAUACAAUUUCUAGUACUUCAAAUAAUCAACAUAUUCAUUUGGAAUCUAUAAAUACAAAUCACUCUGCAGUAUAUCAAACUGUUAAAUCGUUAGAUGAAGCAGAUACUAUGAAUUUAAUGAAAGAACAGAUAGAAGAAUUGCAUAAUAUCACGGAUCAGAGUGCCGUCAUGUUAACAUUAGAUGAACAAAUGUCUGAGAGCCAAUUUGAAAAGAGUGACAGUCCUAUCAUGGAUAUGAGCGACGAAGAGAACGAAUUAUUAAUACAUAGAUUAGCCGCAAAUAAUUUGUCUUGUACUAUAUGUAAAGCAAAAUUUUCAACAAAAAAGACACUAGCUGUUCACAUGAAAACGCUGCAUACGGCCCAACGCGUAUGCUAUCUUUGUCCUGACUGCAAAAAUCCAUUUGCAAAUCCAUGGAGCGUUUAUCGGCAUUUAAAUAAAAUUCAUAAAAAGACCAAUGAACAAAUACGUAAAUUAAGACCGCAAGUACAAGAGAAAGCGUUUCAUAAAGAGACAACUGCGAUGAAAGAAAAUGUUCGCGCAACUAAAAUAGCUGUCUUGGAAAACGUGAUCAAAAAUUAUGAUAAAACUCAGGAAUCAAGUACAGAAUCUAAUACAAUGCAUCAAAAUCGCGGUAGACGUGGGAGAAAAAGAAAAGCGCCUUUGCCUACUUGUUCGGCAUUAUCAAACUCAUAUUAUCAAAGACCAAUCGCUGCAUGCGACGAAACGACAAUAAGAAUCAAACGAUUUAAUAAUUUACCUAAUAAAUUAUUAUCCUCAACAUCUGAUAAUACAUCAAAUGAAGUUGAAGAUGUCAAUUUAGUAACUGAUAUAGAAUUGCUUGAUAACAAAAAUAUAUCAGAUAAAAACUCCGAGCAUAUAUCAUCAUCCCCUGAGAUUUGUGAUUAUCAAACAUUCAUCCCUGAACAAGAACUUAGCUUUAAUAAUGAAGAAUGGACUUUGCUAAAAAAUCAGUUUAAUUAUGUUUCGAAAAGCAAUUCAAUGGAUAACAAUAAUGAUCCUGAUAUUACAUCAUCAGCACAAAACAUUGAUAACAAUGGAUCAUUAUCUCUUAGUGGAGACAGUGAUAAUUCUGUUUAUAAAAAAAUUUCAGAAUCUCCUGAUAUUACACAUACAGAUACAAAUGAAGCUAGUUUUGUUGCUUUAAAGAUAAAAAAUAAUAUAGAGGAAGAAUUAAGCUAUCACAAUGAGAAACAAUCGAUUGAUUUGAAAGAGAAAGAUAUUGAAGCAGAAAAGGAUAAUUUCGAAUCUUCUUCCGAGGAAUUUUUAUGUUCGAUACAGUCGAACGAAAGGAGUGGUACUUCAUUAAUGGAGAAUAAAAUAGCUUCCAUUGCGAACUACCGAAAGUUACGGUGCCUUUUGUGUAAACGAAAAUUUACAUCUGUGCCCAAUCUACGAAGGCACAUAGCAAUGCACAUCGGUUGGAAUCGAUAUCGUUGCAAAUUAUGUGAUUAUAAGUGCUUCGUAAGAUGUGAUUGCGUCACGCAUUGUAGUAAAGUGCAUAAUAUGCAAAAUCGGACGCUUAUAGCGGGAAUGAUAAUCGAGAUCCCACAGGAUGAAUAUACAUGUAAUGACGAUAUUAUUAUGGAUGCAAAUAAGAAAAAAACGGAUAGUCCCGAUGUAACUCCAUCGCUAGAAACAUAUGAAGACUCGAACAGUUCUGUAUUCGAGUACUCAAGUAGCUCGAGUACACAUGUUACUUUGCAAGAUAAAGACACUGCCACGAGCGUGCAAGUUGCGGAAUCACACGGAAGUGCCAAAGAUCAGAGUGUUGACGCAGGAGGUAAUGAUGAAUCUAUAAAGACUCAAAAUUUGUUGGAAUGUAUGAUGAAUAACGGGUCAGAUAAAUUGGAUACCAAUCCUGAACUUAAGCGAAUAGUAAUGGAAGUGAUAUUUGGUUCCGAUACAAGCGCAACUAAACAGACAAAUACUGAUACUAAGAAUAGUGUAAGUGAAAGUACAGAUGGAACCGAUAACAUAAAUAAUACUAUGUCAGUUAAUGAAUUCAAAGAAACAUCUUGUUCGAUAUUGAACAAUGUAAAAUAUCAGCGUCCCACGCGUAACCGAAUAAAGCCCAUAAGUAAGGAUUUUAUAUAUGACUUGAAGGAAGUGACAUAUCGAAAGGAAAGUGCCCUUCACAAUGAUUCCGAAACGUUACAUUCACGAAAAAAAUCAGACUAUAUAAUUGAUAACCUUGGAUUGUUAACAUACAGUUAAUAAUUAAUAAUAUUAAUGUAAUGUAUGUAUAAUAAUUGUAAUUAUUA